AUGUCGUCUGUUGUAGGUACCAUUCCUCCUGGUGUGAACCCUGAGGCCUACCAAUGGUUUUGUUCUGUGGAUACAGAUCGUAGUGGCUACAUUAGCGCGAAAGAACUGAAGCAAGCCCUCAUGAAUUCCAACAACUCCUCUUUCAAUGACGAAACCUGCAUGAUGAUGCUCAAUAUGUUUGACAAGACCAAAACAGGACGUGUAGAUGUAUUUGGUUUCUCUGCACUGUGGACGUUUCUGCAGCAGUGGAGGGCAGUAUUCCAACAGUUCGACCGCGACCGAUCCGGAUCAAUUAACAGCAAUGAGAUGCACCAGGCAUUAUCUCAGAUGGGCUACAAUCUGAGUCCUCAGUUCAUUCAGGAGCUGGUGAACCGUUACUCUGCGCGGGGUGUGAACAGGGUUCUCCAGCUGGACCGCUUCAUUCAGGUGUGCACGCAGCUUCAGAGCAUGACCCAAGCAUUCCGCGAGAAAGACACCGCCAUGACUGGCAAUGUGAGGAUGAGUUACGAAGACUUCCUUUCUGGUGCCAUUACCAGACUGAUGUGAAGGACUGCAUCAGCAAUUCAGAAGAUGAUCUGACUCUGAAUGUACAGCAUGACACUUCACGCUCUCAACAGUGCCUUUCACUGCAGCAUACCCUGAUUUGACCACAUUUAUGCGAAAACUAUGUUCAUUAAGUAUUGCCAGCUAGCCAAUUAAAGCACUCACCGCAAGAGACUACCAUUGUGAUAUGGUUGUCUGUAAUGCAGCCAGUUAUUCAAGACUAAACUAAUGCCAAACAUAUUAGUGGUACAUGUGAAUAAAAUGACAUUAGCUACGCAGCUAGCACUAGUUACUAACUAUUGGGAGUAUGUCAUAGAAGUAUAAUUACAUUUGAUGUUCUUUGUCAGUAUGAACAUUUCUGUACUUUUUAGAUAUUAGCAAAAAAAUCCUGAUUAUGAAUGCUUGAAAUGAAAAUAUUGUUAGGUUUUCCUUCCCAAGGAAAUUGCUUUAUGCUUUUUUUUAUUAUGAUAAUAUUUAUGCUCUCCUAACACCCUUUUAUAACCUUUCCUUAUAUAUUGAUAUUUUUUUCUGCUGCUUUUUUGCUUGCAAUUAAACAAUGUAAUUAAA